GCCAUGGCUUGGCCGUGCAUCAGCCGAGUCUGCUGCCUGGCGCGCUUCUGGAACCAGCUGGACAAGUCGGACCUGGCCGUGCCGCUCACCAUCCACAAUUAUUCCGACAUCGAAGAAGGGGCGGAAGCGGGCGGUGGGGGCAGCCCUCAGCAGCCUCGGAUCCCGCCAGGAGACACCGCCAGCAGCCGACCCCAGGCCCCUCCGCGGGCAGCCUCUGCCCUGCCGGCGUCCGCGUCCGCCCCCUCGUUGCGGGACAGCCUGGUGGUUGUCAAGAGGCCGUCGAAAAAAAGCGGGGGCAGGCACCGGAAGGAGCCCUUCGCCGCAGAGACUCAGUACCAGCAGGAUUUCCGAGCGUGGCCGCUGCAGAAGAGGGACACCCUGCCCUGCCUCGGAGAGUGCCGGAGAGCUGAGCCCACGCGGGCACCUCCAGCCGCGGGCGCCCCAGCCGCCUCUCCCCACGCUGACAUCCUGGCAGGGUCUCGAGUGUACGUGCUGCCGGCGGCUAGGCAGGAGGGGAGCAAUAAGGAUGCUGGCUCCAGACAGAUUCCAGAAGCAAAGACAAAGUUUUCUUCAAAUCCUUCUGCUGUUUUCCAGGCGCCAUCUCGCAUCCUUAGUAUAUGAAUCUGGAUCAUGAUCAUUUUCUGUUCAACCA